GGGCAGCAAUACGCACCAAAUCCUCACCACCAAGCUUAUCGUGCAUAUCGUCGUCAAAGAACUCUGGACAAAGAUCCUCGAUCGAGCGAACAGGCAAAGAACAGGGAGGGAAGAAUACAUUAGAGUAGGGGAAGGAGAAUGGGAGAUCUAUACGUAUGGCUAAUCUCCUUCUUCCUCCUUAUAGCCCUACUGGUCAUCAUCGUCUUCCAGGUCAAUCCCCUCCUUAAACCCCUUGGCUUCUUCCUUUAAAUUUAUUGGAUUGAUUGUUGAACUUCUGCCCGCCAUUUCGCUAACUCCUUGGCCUAAAUUCUCAAUUUCCCCCCAUAGAUGGGUCAAUUUGUUCCUCUCUUCGCUAAUCCACUUCAGCCCUCUUUUAGUUUAUUCAAUUGAAAGUGAACUCGUUGGUUAAUUUCAUAGCCCACACUAAUGAUUCUUCAGAGCUUGUGGGUUCCUUCCCGUAUCGGGAAAGCUUUAAUCUUUGUUUGACCCCAGUUCUUGUUGUUGGUAGUUAAUGGCCUGCUCCGGUGAACACUUUUAGUCUAUUGGGUUCAUAGCUUGCUUGUAAGGUUUUGAUCAUGAUGCAAAAAAAAUGAACUUUGUAUUAUGCGUUGUGUAUGGCAAUGUCAUGUGGGGUUUCCCUCUGAUAAACAAAUUCAGUGAGGAGCUCGUUGUAGAAAGUCGUUUAGUGCUAUUUAAGAUAUUGGGAGGAGGUUGAUAUGUUCAGUUGUUGCUGAAAGAUGGAAGCUUCUUGGUCCAAUUACAUGCAAGUACUAGGUUGGAGAUUGGAAUUUGCAGCUUAUAUUAUUGGUGUGAUAUGAAAUGCUGACAUACUGUAAACUUGUUUUGGCAGCUUAUGUGCUUGGCAGAUUUGGAGUUCGAUUACAUCAAUCCUUAUGACUCUUCUUCAAGGAUAAACAAAGCGAUUAUGCCCGAGUAUAUUACAGAGGCAGCUUUGUGCUUAUUUUACCUAGUGACAGGGCAUUGGUGUAUGUCACUCAUCUGUGCUCCUUACCUCUACUACAAUGUCAGGCUUUACACAAGACAAAAGCAUCUGAUCGAUGUUACUGAGAUCUUCAACCAGCUCCACGCGGAAAAGAAGCAGCGGCUUUGUAAAUUAUUUUAUCUUAUUGUUCUCCUUUUCCUAGCAAUAUUCUGGAUGAUCUUGACUGCAUUGGAAGAUCACGACAUGGAUUAAGUUGCAUAGCUGCGCUCCUCGAUCGUAAUGUUCAGUGGAGGUACACGGUACAUAAAUCUGCUGCCUUGAAUUGAGCGGCGCUAGAAGAAACAUGGGGUUUGUGUAACUGAUGAUACAAUGUGGAAAUUCCAGGACGAAGAACUUAUUUCAUCUUCGUUGUUUUAGCAAUUAUAGAUUUUCUUUGUAGACAUCAUACAACCAUUGACUUUCGUCUUUAGAUUAGAUGUAUUUUUUUUCUUCUCUUUGAUGUAUGUUCUUUUCCUUCCUCGCCCUCCAUUUACGAUUAGUGCGUCGGAUCAAAUUUACAAUAAUUUUUGGAAAAUCACUUUUUGGUAUCAAAAAAUAUUUUUUUCUUGUAAUUUAGUACCUAAUCUUAAAAAUAGGUUCAGAAAAUUUGAUGUAAAAUUACGUAUUAGUACCUUUAUAUUUUUACCUUGCAUUAUAGAGUCAUUUUUAAAACUUUAUAUAAAAUCUAGAAGGAUUUUCAUAUCACUAGUUGUUUCGUGUGUCUUAUGUAUUUUGAUUUGAAUUAUGUCUUAUGUAUUUUGAUUUGAAUUAUAAAUCACGAUCGGUCGGACCAUACUCGUUUACGAGACCCGAGUUGUGACAUGGCCACAUGUAGGGGUGGAAAUAUAUACGGUAUCGGUAUCCCAAUAUCAAAUACCGAAAUCCCGAAUAUCGAAUUACACCCUAAAGUCAAUCUCAAUCCCAAUCCCUAAAUAAUUUCGGUAUCCCAAUCUCAAAUUCGGUAUCCCAAUCGGUAUUAUCGAAUACGAAAUUAAUUACUUUUGCAAUUAAUAAUUAAAUAUAUAAAUUAGAUUUUAUUGUUUAAUUUAGGGGAAAAGGACUAAGAAAUGAGUUUUGAAUUAAGAUUUUAUUAAGGAGAAUGGAGGAGAGGAGACAUCUUAAGUUCUUGUCAUUGGUAAACUUUAAUUUGACGAAUUGGAAGUUGAGAGACAACUAUUAAUAGUGAUGAAAUGAUCUGUGUAUAAUUAAAUGAAACUCUUGGUGGUUGAGGGUCAUGUAGUAGUGAAUGAGAGAGUCUAGUUGAGAGGAUAAAAUACACACUAACUUAUAUUUCGGUAUUAAUCGAUAUUUCGGUAUAUACUGAUCACAAUCCUGUAAUCCCUAUACCGAAUAACAAUUGAAAUUCAAUCUUAAUCCCAAUCCCAAAAAAUAAUACGUGUAUUCGAUAAUACCAAAUACAGACAAAUUCAAUACGAUAUUCUUUUUUUAUUUCUGAGUGAUAUCAAUGGAAAAUAAAAGUUAAGCUUACAAUUCUACCCAGGACCCCUAAAAGACUCUAAAGAAGCCACCCCGAAAAAACAAAAGAUUCUAGCUCUACACGAGACAAAAACAGUGCUUUACGCGCCACUCUAUGAGCAGCACUGACAGCGGAUCUAGAUACCGCUCUAAACUCAAUAUGAUAUUCGAUAUAUCACAAAUACUGAUACCAAACUUCUAGCACUCGCCACAUGGGCCGGGCAAGAGGUCGGAUAGCUUGCCGGGCCGCAACUACCAUCUCUUUUAUCGGGCGCGUCAUUUAAGCAAUAAACCCUAGACGAGACCGAAGAAUUGAAAACUCUCGCAGUUCACUGCCGCUUCCCUACGCCCAAAACCUGCAGAGCUCAUCCCAUCUCUUCUUAUUAUAAGUGAGAUACGCUAGUGUUAUUUGGUUACUUUCAUUCUCCCAUCUCGAUUCUCUGCCUCAACCUAGAUUUCCUGCACUAUCCUGAGCUAGAUUUUCCCUCGCUCGUUCUUCCUUAUUUUCGAUCUCUGCUUCAGAUUGUCAAUUGCGAAGAUUGUGCAAUGUGCAGUGCUUUGUUGUGCCGAAUCUUUUGCCUGUUGUUGAUUUCUGGUUGUUUUGAUCGUAGCGGGGAACUGGGAGAGGCAAGUGAUGAUACAAAUAGACAGGGACAUCAGUUACUCCGUUCCACUUGUUGGUUUGGAGGAUGAUGACUAGUCUACAAUGGGAAUCUCUCUGAUGCCUUUCUUUCUUUCUUCUAUGUUUUGUUAUAAUACCUAUUUCGUUUCUGUCUUUUCGAAAUUCUCUCGUGGUUUGCCAAUGAUGCAUAUGGAAAUUUCAUGUAUUACCAGAUGAUAAACGACUGAUGAUAGUUCCAAUAUUGUCACUACCUCUGAGGUGAACUUUAUUUGUUUUCUUUUAUAUUUUACUUGUUUUCUACAAUUUCCUUGUCUUCUCGUGUCUGUGUGCCAAUGAUGGUGUUAAAUAUACUUUGAGGUAUGGUUUGUAUCUCUGAAAACAAUCUUCCUCUGAGGCACACUUGUCAAUGAAAAAGUUUCAAUCUUGUUGGUUGAUUGCUUGUUUUCUUAAAGUAUAUAUUAUGUUGCCAUUGAAUAGGGCAGGUGAUGAUAGAACAGACAGGGACAUCAGUUACUCCUUUCCUUUUGGGUUGGGAGGAUGAUGACCAAGUCUAAAAUGGGAAUCUCUCUGAUGCCUUAAUCUUAUUUAGGUUGUUUUUUUCAACUUGAUUUGUCUUGGUAGUUUAUAAAGUCUCGGACUUUAUGGUUUGCCAAUGUUGUACAUUGAAAAUUGCAUGUACUUUCAGAGGUAUAGGAUGAUGAAAUUACUUUGUAUUUUCCGUGCAUUGAAGGUGAACCUCUUUUUAUUGUUUAUGCUGUUUAUGAAUGUAUUUGGGAAGCCUGAUGAUGAUUGUGAAAAGAACGGAGAUUUGAAAGUGGGCCUUUGCUGUUGUUGAAGCUCGUUUCUUUGAAAUGGGCUCCAAUUGCAUCGGUCAAUGAAAUAAAUUCACUACUUUAUGUCGACUUUGAAGGCUUUUUGCUUUCAUCUUUGUUCUUUCGGACAUCUUUCUGGUCGUUUUAGGUUAGAUGGCUUCCAUCGCUGUUAUUUAUGCAACAAUCAAAAUUAUCUUAACAGAAAGUGAAGUUUGGUGGAAUUGAUUUCAUUAUGGUAUUUGAACGUGAAGAUAUAUAUCGGAAGUGUUGAUUUAGUUAGAUCAUUGACUGAUUUUAGGUAUGGUUCUAACUGAAUCGGUGCUUUUGUUAAAUAUUUUUCAAGCUCUGAUACCAUGAUGACAUGAAUCUAAUCAGAAUUUCGCUUUGAGGUAAACAUAAUUUUGGUGUAAUUAUAGAAUCACAAAGAUUAUUUUUGGAUUAAAAUAAAAUUACACUUUGUGAUUAGUUUGUUGAAAUUUUCUUUAGUGUCCAUGUGUGGUUCAUUGUUUGUUCUUGACAAUUAUCUUAUCUAGCUUGGGUGGUUGAUGUUUAAUGACGCUGUAUUCUAGCCAUAUUCGAAUUUAGACUAUCUCUUGAUUCAUGGGGGAAUUGCAAGGCUUCUCCCCUAUUUUGAGGUAGCCAAGGAGAUUGUUCAAGAUGAAUGAGGAAGCGUCAGCAGCAGGACGGGAUGCCCCUACGUUUUGAGUUCCAAUCAGACGCUUUGCUUGGAUUUGAGCGUUUGUAUGCUCUAAUUCCAGGAUGACUUUCCUGUGUGGAUCUUGCGGCGAGUUCGGAAGUUAUCAUUUAUUCAGUGGGACAGGUGAGUAGCACUAAGAAAGUGGAGAGGCUGUCAUCGAACUGAGAUGCUUGCUGAUCUAAUAAUGUUGUAUUGUGGAUGUUGGUUUUGCAGCUAAUUACCAAAAAGCUUAUCUCUUGGACCAACCAUGGCAGCUACCAUGUAGUCAUUGGCAAGGGUCAUCUCUUUGUUGUCAUAGCAUAGCAAUAUUCAAUUAGGAAGACAAAAUUGAGGAGGCGGAACUGGAAUAACAUCUUGAUCUCUAUUAAGAAAUCAGAACUUGUUCUUCACCAGUGACUUGACAUUUGGUAUCGACUUCCACAUCAUCUAUAACGACAGUGUGACCAGUUUUAUAAAAAAUUUAAGCAUUCCAAUUUUGAUGGGGCGACGAGUAGGUAAGACCACUCACAAUGUAGGAAAGAAAAGAUGGUGGGAAAAGAGGGGAAAAAGGGUGGAAGGAAGAGUUUGGUCUCAAUGUGUGAGAAGGGAAAACAGAGUAUUUGGUAUGUGUUUUAUUUUAAUUAAUUUGUAGUUGAUUUGUCACUUUAUUUUAAAAUUUUGGUCAUUAUUUUUACAUGGGUAUUAAUUAAUAAUUAAUUAAGAUUAACAUUUUGA